AUGACGUCACAAAUCAUAAGACCGCAGGUCACCACUGCCAUCGUCGAUAACACAGUGUCGAAUUCCCUCGCCAACGUUCUGCAAUUGCUUGUUGUAAGCGACGUGAUAGCGUCGACUUUGAAUCCACGAGCUGCUGCACCAUGCGUGCUGCCCCCAGUGUCGCCAAUUUGCGAGCCGGUACCACCUCUGAUUUACACCCCCACCGUUGAUGUUAUUGCGCCCCGAACUGAGUACAUACCCCCCUGUGCUCCGGCGAUAGACUUGAUUCGGCCUCGUUGUCCUUGCGUUGAGCCACUGCCGAGUUUAUACGGUGUGACGGAAGUCCUGCCACCUGUAUUUAACGGGCCAACUUUGACAGCUUUAGGACCAAAUAGAUGCACACUGAACGAGUUUAUACCGGGUCCGGCAAAUUUUGCACCCGCAUUCCCGACACCUGUAUGCUUACAGGAGUUAGCGGGGCCAGUACAGAUGAGUUUGGGCCCCAAUUUCUGUGGAGGUUUCACGGAGCUGAUUGGCCCUUUGUCUAACUUUGCACCAAUCACCGAAUUAAUUUUUCCACCAAGCAUUCCUGGACCUAUGACAUGUAACGUCGGAUGUACGCCGCCAUCCAUUGCCUAUGCUAAUGUAGAGCCAAUACCAUACACUGGUGUUAAUUACUUUUAU